AGCCAGGCCACAAAAGAGAGCAGCAGCACGCGCAUGCAUCUAUCUAGCUUUAACGCGCGGCGUCCGUGCGCAGUUCAACAUUCGCGCUGAUUGCUCUAUAUAGCUGGUCUGUCUGUGAUUUGAUCACGUCCGGCGGGUUACUUUUGCACGCACGAUGAAGCUGUUGCCCUUCAUCCUUCCCAUCCUCAACAUCCUUCACUAUCAGCAUUGCCUGAUCAUGUCAGACAUUCAAGAUCUACGCGUGCGCGAUCUGGCUUGCGCGCUGGAAUCUUCCAGCAGCUUCAAGGGCGAAAUCCUCAGCGCCAAGGAUGGAGAAGCUUUCUCCUCGCUCAAUACGCCUUGGGGCAUUCAGGAGGCUGAGCAGCCCGCUGUGGUGCUUGUUCCCACAAGCGCACAAGACGUCGCUCUGGCCGUCAAGAGCGCGCACAGCAAGGGCUUAACUUUGGCCAUCCGGAGCGGAGGCCUGAUGAAAUCGCAGACCAAGGGCGUCAGCCUCAACCUCAAGCACCUCGAUGCUUACUCUAUCAGCAGCGACAAAUCUCAAGUCACGCUCGGUCCUGGUCAGACUUGGCAGACAGUGUACGAAAAGAUGCGCGAUGAAAAGUUCACCGUUCUUGGUGGGCGCGUCUCCUUUGUGGGAGUGGGUGGCUACGUGGGCGGAGGCGGUCUGAGCUACCUCGUAGGCCAGCACGGCCUAGGUUCAGACUCGAUCAUCGACGCAGAGGUCGUCCUGGCGGAUGGCCGCAUCGUGCACGCUGCAUCCGACCCCGAGCUUCUUUUUGGCCUUAAAGGCGCAGCCAGCAAUUUCGGAGUCAUCACCUCCGUCACUCUCAAGACGUUUCCCAAGCCACCAGUCGCGUGGAGUGGCAGGCUGGUCUUUCCGGCAGAGCGCUUCGUCGAGAUUGCCGGAGCGAUCCACAACUACACUUCGACGAAUGAGGAUGGACGCGCAGGCAUCCUUUUUGGCAGUCUAGCCCCACCACCCGAUUUUCAACCCAUCACGCUCGUCGUUCCGGUCUGGUUCGGCAGCGCUGCGGAAGGAGAGAAGCAUUUCGAUUGGCUGCUCAAGCUCGGUCCCCUCGUCAAUCAGAUGAUGGAGAUGAGCUACGAGGAUCUUGGAAAGCUGCAGGACAGCGGAGCUACGCCCGCCGGUGUUCUGGCCGCUUGGCAAACCAGCGUCGUGCCCAGAGUUUCGGACGAAAAGACGGCGGCUGCGGCCCUCCAAUGGCAGGGUGAAUUGGUGGCCAAGGAUCCUCGAUUCGGCGGGACUGUCUUGCUCUUUGAGCCGUUUGUCAAGAACGUAUUUGCCGACGUGGACGACUCGACUGUAGCUUGGCCUCACAAAGGGGAGCACAUGACCGUCAUUGGCCUCAUGGUCCUCUCCCCCGAUCCUACACUGGCAGGCGUACCCGAAGCGCUUCGAGACGGCGUAUCUCGCAUCGCCGCAGCGGCACCUGCAGGCGUCCACCCGCAAUAUCCCAACUACGCCUUUUUGCACGGAGAAAAGGCAGAAGACUAUUAUGGCGCCAAUGUGCAGAAGCUGCGUCUGAUCAAGAAGCGUUUGGACCCUACCAACUUCUUCAAGGGUACUGUCCCGCUCGCCUGAGAAUGCUCGGUACCUUUACAAAAGUUGCCCAGUAGCCUUGCUUUUUGCAGAUAAAUCUGCGCGACACCCCUGCCAUCUCCACACGACACUAGAUUUCGCAGAUGAAGACGAUCACGCAAUGGUAGUGCUUUCUCGAAUAUCAUUCUCGUCGC